UUCGUACAGCAGAGGACGUUUUUAGGCUGUGAUUAACGGAUGAGCUUAAACUUAGGUCACUGUUGUUAGUAUUAUAUGUUGAUAUUGAGUCAUUUUAAGACUGAAAGUUGAGCUCAAGUUAAUUGAAGAAAGGCUAAGGCGAACGCAGAAUUGAAUAUGCUCAAUGUUCUCAAAUUGGUAUUGGUAAUUCGAUUUAACUAACUUUAUAAUAUUAGUAGGGAUCUAGACUAGUGAUAUCAUGGUGGUGAUAAAUAGUACCUGCAUACAAGAAGUAGGAAAAAGUCUGUGGCGGUACUACAACUUACAACACCGCCAUCUACACAUUCGGAGACGCAACAAGCAUCAACUAUCCUGCAUCGUACAUGCAGUGUUCGCGCGCAUAGUGAACACAGAUAGAUCACCCCGACAACAACUGUCGGGCAGUAGCCCACCGGACAAAAACACCUAUCCGGUCGGAGGAUCCUCCCUUUACUGCGAGGUAUGAUGAGCUUUACCCUCUGCUCUCAUACCUCCACAAGUCCUACACUCUUUUUUGAACUUUUUGGCAAAUUGGUUCAUUAGGUAUAUCAAAUAUUUACUUAAUAUUUUUUUAAUGUUUUAAAUUGGUUUUUAUUUUUAUAAAUAUUGUUUAAAAAUGUAAAUGGUAUGUAUUUGUAAUAUGAUGAAAUAAAUAAGAAACCCAGACAAUCCAGUUUUUUAAUACUUAGGUAGUAAAACCGUAAAAUGCUAAAAUUAAAAUAAUCUAAUUUUGGUAAUGAAAUAGUAAAAAAAAAAUAUUACAUAAUAAGCUUUGUCAUUAUAUUCACACAUUUUUUUGUCAUACAUUAGAAUUUAUUUGCAAUUUACCGAUAAUUAAGGGAUAAACGGUUUUAAUUAACGCUUGUAAUGUUUUAUCGAUAAUGUCUAUAAGCGGGAGUUUUACAGCACGCGAACCAAGUUACUUUAGAAAAGAAUUUUUUUCACCGAAUUGAAAAAAAAUAGGGUUCUCUGUUUGACUCGUAGGUGUCUAUGUCUGUGUCUGCGCAAAUGCUUGUGCACUAUAAUAUGUCCUGCGCAGUUGGCUUAUACACGAGAACAGCCGCCGUAGCCGAUAAUUGGCUAAGAGGACAUCAUCAUUAAAAUCAUGUCUAUGUUUGUGCGCAAUUGUCACACGUUUGGCUGUACUCAUGCGGUUUUCAGCAUAGUAGAAGUAGUCACACCUAGGCGUAAUUGCUGAAGUCGGAUUGAUUUUUUUGCAAAAAAGUUUUUGCUUUAAUUAUACCCAGGUUACAAUGAAUGACAACUGACAACGGCAUGUAGUUUUUUAAAAAGGUCACUUUAUAUUGUAACAGCAUGUAUCACGCGACCUGUUUGUAAAUCUGGGUUACAGGAAGCGACAGGGAUUUCAAUUUAAAGUUUUAUAAAAUUUAAUUACUAGACUGGGUUCGUAGUUGUUCUUUUGUGACGGUUAUUAAAUGUUUGCAAUUAUCUGUGUUUUGAACUUGCAAGUAGAAAUAAAUUACGAAGGCUAAUGUACAUGUUUCACAUUGCAUUGUUUUAAAUAAAAAAAUCUCAUCAUCAUUACCAGUGAUCAACCUAAAUGACACAGCAUGUAUAUCUAUUUGAAAUCGUAACCAAGUCGCUAGCAACCGAAUAAAAAUAAAACCCGUGUAGCAUUCAUCAAAAAUGUUAUUCAACUUUGCCGAACUUGUUCGGUUAAAUAUAAAAAGCGACGCGUCAUUAGACUAACAAAAUGCAUUAUCGUUGUUACGUUGCUUUUUACAGGAGGCUUGUGUCACGAAAGGGGAGUUAGAGUUAUAAAUCACUGGGGUCGGGCUCAACUUGCAACGUUACUCGGAGACAGUCUAGGGCGGGCGGCGGUGAGCACCGGUCGACCCGCGCGGACGAACGCUCGCGAACUAAACGUGUCGAACGAUACGAACGAUAACAGCGAUUGCAAUGAUAAGCUGACAUGCGAUUCACGCGUCUAAAUACACCAGUAUAUCCCAUUCAAGAACAUGUAUCGCGAAUCAUAAUAUAAACUUAGAAAAAAAAACAGUGUUUUUUUUUUACUAAAAAGGCAUGUUUUUAGCGCUGUGCUAAGAAUGGACGGCAGCUUCGAUGAUGACGAACCUUUUAUAUUCCGACUCAAUGAUAGUGGAUCGGGACCCGGCUUGCUGGUCAAGGUGUGUGCAGAGCGUGGUUGGCGCAUGUACCCAGGUUACCACUCAGGUUUGGAGGAGAGGUGGAACCUGUGGUGGAAGACCAGCGCCUUCCCUGCAGCUAGCUACAAGACUUUGGGAGACUGGCAGUUCAUGAACCACAUUCCGAAAGGUGGAUCGAUAUGCAGAAAAGACAAUCUGUCACGUCUCCUGCGAUGUAUGAAGCGGAUUUACGGAGCUGUAUACGAUUUCAGUCCGCCGUGCUACCACCUACCCCUGGAGUACGCGAAGCUGGUGUCGGAAUGUUCUCGACUGCGGCGCGACGAGAAUGGUGCUGGGGCCAACGUGGUGUGGAUACACAAGCCCGUCGCCCAGAGCCAGGGGAGAGGGAUCUUUUUGUUCAGAAGCCUCUGCGAGAUGAACUGCGGCACAUCGGCCGUUGUGCAACGGUACAUCGAGCGGCCGCUGCUGAUCGCCGGCUACAAGUUCGACCUGCGCCUGUAUGUGUGCGUGCCGGGGUACCGCCCUCUCACUGCCUACAUGUAUGCUGAGGGACUCGCGAGAUUCGGAACAGACAAGUACACCCUGUCGGACAUCCACAACCCGUACCGCCACCUGACGAACUCCUCCCUCAACAAGAGCGGCCCGAGAUACGCUGAAUGUAAGGACCGAAUCGGUAGUGGGUGCAAGUGGACACUGACGCAAGUUCGGAAGGCGCUGAUUGGUCGCUGGGGUGCAGCUGAAUGGGUGGUGUGGCAACGUAUUCGGGCUCUGGUGACGCUGACUUUGCUGGCUCAGGCUGCUGGUACUCCGCCGGCGAGGAACUGCUUCGAGUUCUACGGAUUUGAUGUCCUGCUUGAUGAUUGUUUGAAGCCUUGGCUGUUGGAGGUGAAUCUAUCUCCAGCACUGGCAUCUGACUGCGAGGCAGACGUGAUGGUGAAGCAGCCGAUGUUGCACGAGCUGUUUGAUCUGCUGGGACUGCCCAUGAAGCAUACGGGACUGGCCAAGCUGAAGGCUCCUCCGCCACCAACGCCAACUAUCAAUAGUUGCAGUUCUGAGGAGGAGGGCGGUGGCGGGCGCGGACGCUCGAAGUCGGCGGCCCGUCGCGGCUCGCGCGUGCGUCGGCGGCGCGCGAUGGCGCUGCACUGCGUCACGCUGUCCGCGCCCGGCGCGCAGGCCACUGCGCUCGCGCCCACCGCGCCCAACGCCGCAGGAACAGCGAGCGAAAAGGAAAAAGAGCCCGCUGAAAAGAUAGAAAAGGAGACAACAGAGAAAGCCAAGGAGUUUCACAGUGGACGAUACAAAACAGAUUCCAGCGAGGCUGAUGCGCAGUCGACAUCGAACGUGCCCGUAACGACGGCGGAGAGCGUGGACGAGUCGUGGCGCGGCGGGUACUCCACGGCCGCGUCUCGGCGCCGCGUCAUGUCGGCGUGCCAGUGGGGGAAUGGCGUCUGUUGGAACAGGGCGAUAGGCCGCGUGGGACAUUGGGUCAGGAUAUACCCGCACUCACUGCCGAAAGAUGACGAGUUGCCAGUAGAAGAUGUCCGCGACAGCGUGGCCCAAGUGUCGAAGUUCUUGCGGGCCGCUCGCGAGGUGAACCGGGAGUUCGGCAAGGACAACUCGGGGCCCCGAGACGCGGCCCGGGACGCCGUCUUCGAGGAGGCACUCCGAAAGAAGCUAGACUUCGGGCCCCACUUCCAAGUGUGGCUGCCCCCCUUUUAAUGUGUUCAUAUUUUAAGCCAUAACUUAUGUGUAAGGCAAAUUCCUUAGAUAGUACAAUAAAUGCUUACUAAGUAUACAUUA